AUGAUGUUCUCGUCGCUCCUUAUCCCGGCUCUCGCCUCGGUCGCUUACGCCGAGAGCACGGUAACCUCCAUGUUCAUCUUUGGUGCCGAUGAGCAGCCGCUUGCUGCGUCGAUCGUUGGGAAUGACCAAACCGCAACAACCUACAGCAUAAACUGCCCGCCCGGAACAGACGGCAACGACUGCGGCAUGGGUCCCGGGAUGACCCUCGUCGCGGGCAAGGACGUUACCUCGUGGAUUUUCGACGACGGGCCUGCUUUCCAAUACACCGCCAUCUGCACAGUCAAAAACUCCAAAGCAACCUGCACAGAAAGCGCCGGCGGCCCCGACGCAAACUUCCCUGGUGUGUCAACCACAACAACGACCGUGGAUCUCUUGCCCGUGACCAUCACCGCGGGAUCCGUUACUGAGGCCGAUGUGUCGACGACUGUUACUUCCACCUCGGCUGCGACGUCGGCCGCGGAAGCUUCGACUAGUGGGGCUGCGCAGGCGUCCGAGACUCCCUCUCCCUCUGAGAGUGCGUCUGAGACGGGUGCGGAUGCGACUCCUACGGGUGCUGCGGCGAGGGUUUUUGGGGCGAAGGGUUUGAUUGGUGCUAGUGUGGUUUUUGCGGUUGUUGCUGCUAUGUUUUAG